AAGUAAUUUGCUGCAGGAUGGGCCGGGAGCUAGUGGUUUAGCGCCGGCUCAGCAAUUAGACUGGUGCCCCAUAUAUAUACACCCAGCACCUGCGCCCUACACUAGCUGUGUGGAGUGGUACAAGGAGCAGUAGACGAAAACAAAAAGGGAGAAAACGAAAACAAAGAAAAAUAAAUAGGCAAAUGUUACCAGUCACAACCAUGCACAGGAACAACGCUGCCAAGCGCAACGCCAACCAGGAAAACAUUUGCUCCGUCCCACAACACUGCCCCGUUCUUCAAAAGCAACGAACCGUUUUGGGGGUGUUAAAUGAAAACGAGCAGCAGAAACGUUCACUCUGUCAGGUGCCGGCAAAACCCAAUGCAUUGACAGCGGACCAUGGCUCCGGCGCUGUUAAGAGCAGCACCGCUUUUACGGAGUGCCCGAUUACGUUUGUAUCGAACCCGAACUUCAGUGUUUACAUGGAGGAGGAAGUCCAGGAUGAGGUCGAAAUAUCAGAGUACAGCCUGACAUCCGAGUUGGAAACUAAACUGGGGGAGGUUGGGCACAUCUCUAAACCCUGGGGCGACUCUUUGUACCUGGAUCUCAGUGAAGCUUCACCCAUGGUCGUGGAUUCGUCGAUCCGCUCUCGUCGUUCUCACGACGAUUCCGGUGAUCGUGCUGAUUUUCUCGCUGCGGGAGAGUACGCAGAAGACAUUUAUCACUAUCUUCGAGAAGCCGAAGUAAGGUGUAGGCCAAAGUUUGCUUAUAUGAGGAAGCAGCCUGACAUAACGGCCAGCAUGCGUUCUAUCCUUGUGGACUGGCUGGUGGAAGUCAGCGAGGAGUAUAAUCUGCAAACUGAAACCCUGUACCUGGCAAUAAACUACCUGGACAGGUUCCUAUCCUGCAUGUCAGUGCUGAGAGGGAAGCUGCAGCUCGUUGGGAUAGCGGCCAUGCUGGUGGCAUCGAAAUAUGAGGAGAUCUAUCCCCCAGAGAUCGAUGAGUUUGUCUACAUCACAGACGACACCUACACAAAGAAGCAACUUCUGCGCAUGGAACACCUCCUCCUCAAGGUGUUGAGCUUUGAUGUGACCGUGCCCACUGUCAACCAGUUCCUGACACAGUUCCUGAAGGACGAAGGCAUUGGUGGAGAAUUGGGAAGUUUGGCCAUGUAUAUCGCUGAACUGAGUUUACCAGAAGCAGAUGUGUGUCUCAAGUACAUGCCCUCUCUGACAGCAGCAGCUGCUUACUGCUUGGCAAACUAUACGAUCAAUAAAGCUUUUUGGCCAGAAUCUCUUGCUGCAUUCACUGGCUACUCUUUGCUUGAUAUUCUACCUUGUCUGAGUGACUUGCACAGAACAUUCCUUCAAGCAAGGUUUCACCCACAGCAAGCGAUUAAAGAAAAGUACAAGAGCUCAAAGUACCUUGGAAUUUCCCUCAUUGAACCCCCAGCAACUUUACCUCUAGAAUUUUCAAGUGCAAUUGAAGGAUGAAAAUGGAGCAUGGAAACCACCAAAGACUGAAAUAUUCAUGGCAACAUUAACACUUUAGACUGCUGCUGGACAACUUCCUGUGGCUCUCGGCUGCUCUUGGACUGUGACUUGUAAAUUAUUUUAACGUGCAAUUUUAUCUACAGUAUUAAUUUUUAUUUAAGCACUCCAUGAAGUUAACUUAAUUUAACAUUUUCAGUGAAUGAAUUUUUCAUGGAUAGUAAUUUAAAUGCAAAUAUCAUUUCUAACAUUUUUAGCAGAAAUUACUUAGAUUAUAGAAAUGAAUGUAUAUUAGGCUCUGCUUUGGGACAACCAAUAAAGCGUUUUAAACUUGCCUUUAUGAUCCUGGUUAUUUUGGUCAAGAUGUUUUAAACAAGUGAAAUGCAAUCUGAUUGGUUUUAGUUUAGAUACAACAUGGGAAAGGACCAUGUUGACUGACCAUUGAUCAGCUGUUGACACCAGUUAUGUUAUCCGGCUUCUUGUACACCAUGGGCAAUUUAGAACCUAAUUAACUUGUAAAUCUGUACACCUUUGUGGGAGGAAAGCCACACGGUCACAGGGAGAAUGUUUAAACUGCACAGACAGCACCCAAGAUCAGGAUUGAACCUGGGUUUCCAGUGCUAUGAAGCAAAACUGUGCAAUGCUGUUGUUAAAUUCGAGAGCAUAGAAAUGGGCUCUUGGCCCAUCGAGGCCAUGCUGAACACCACCUGUUCAAACUAGUUCCAUGUUAUCCUACUUUCUCAUCCACUCUCUUCUACACACUAGGGGCAACUUAUAGGGGCUAAAUGACCUACAAACCUGCACAUCUUUGCAAUUGUCAUGUAUACUGAGAUAGUGAACAGUAUCUGACCCUUUUGCUUGUGGCCUUGUAAAAGGACAAGUUUUCUUAAAUUUGAGUUUUGCUCAUUUAAGAAAAGCUUCCCAGCAACCAUCAGGCUCUUGAACACUGCACAAUCCUAACUUCAGCAAUUGACUUCAUGGACUUUAGGAGGGCACAUCAUCCGAGGACAUAUUUAUUGAGGAUAAAUGGGGAUCCUGUGGAUAGGGUGAACUGUUUUAAAUAUCUGGGAGUCCACAUCUUUGAGGAUAUGACAUGGGCAUCACACGCCUCAGCACUAGUGAGUAAGGCAAGGCAGCGCCUUUACCACCUCAGGCAAUUGAGGAAAUUCAGAGUGUCUCCAAGGAUCCUCCAAGUGCUUCUACGCAGCGGCGGUGGAAAGCAUCUUGUCCGGGAACAUUAUCAUCUGGUUUGGGAAUUUCUCUGCCAAGGACAAGAAGGCUCUGCAGAGAGUAGUGCGUUUGGCCGAACGCACAAUGGGAACUUCACUUGCCCCCUUGCAGGAACUAUACAUCAGGAGGUGCAACUACAGACCCAACAAUAUCAUGAGAGACCCCUUCCACCCCUGCAACAGACUGUUCCAGCUGCUACGGUCAGGCAAACGCCUCCGUUGCCAUGCAGUGAGAACGGAGAGGUUGAGAAGGAGUUUCUUCCCAGAGGCCAUUCGGACUGUAAACGCCUAUCUCACCAGGGACUAACUCUACUGAACGUUUUUCCUUCCAUUAUUUAUUAUGUAAAAGAAUAUGUGUGUUCUGAUUGUGUUUAUAGUUUGUUUGGUUGUUUGUCUUUUGCACAAAAGUCCGUGAGCAUUGCCACUUUCAUUUCACUGCACAUCUCGUAUGUGUAUGUGACAAAUAAACUUGACUUGACUUGAUCUUUUACGGACUGUCUUUGGUUGCACUACAAACUUUGGUUGUACACUUAUGGCUACCUAGUAUUGUGAUUGUUAAUUUAUUGUAUUAUAAAUUAUUUGUCUAUUGCAUUUGUAGGCCUGUUAAGCUGUGGCAAGCAUUUGUUAGUAGUACAUAAGACAACCAAACACACUUGACUCCCGUACCAACAUUUAUCUCUCUCAAGAGCAUUUUAAUGUUGUACCAAAAUGAAAUUGUUUUGGCGUAGCACAAUAGGUUUAGAAAGUUAUAUUUAGCUGUAUAUCUUUAUCUCAAUACAUCUCUUUGUCUUCUGCAUCAUUUUAUCUUUAUCUCUAUCUCUUUAUAUUUACUCUUAUUUCUUUAUAUAGUAUCUCAUUAUAUUUACGUCUUUACAUUUUUCACUUUAUUCGUACUUUAAUCUCUAUUUCUUUAUAUCUAUAUCAUCUCCAUAUCCAUGGUAGACAAGAUGCUGGAGAAACUUAGUGGGUGAGGCAGCAUCGAUACUACUUUUAUAUUAAUGUCUAUAUUUCUAUCUCUAGAUAUUUACCUCCACGUCCACACUAUAUAGUUAUCUCUAUCUCUUUAUGUAUCUGUGGUCAGAUGCUAGGUUUGUUGAAGACGGUGUGAGAGUUAAGCUAAUUGUUGGUCUUCUGCCCCGGCCUCCAUCACCAAAAUGGAGAAGA